AUGCCUGAGAUUAUAAAAAUACUUAUGAAUUACUAGCAGAAAAAUGUUUAAUAUUAAGUAAUGCUUUACCAGGAUGCUCUCCUGAAUUAAUUGUUGAAGAAUUUUUAAGGUUGUAGAGAAAUGUUACAGUUACUUUAUAGAUAAAAUCAAAAAAAGUAAUAGCACAUCUAUAAGCAUAUUUUAAUCAUGAUAAUCAAGUUGAUAGGAUAUUUAAAUUAUGCAACUGAUAUAUAUUGA